AGGUACUACGAAGUCCGCAGUUGUCAGCUGUCGUAUUGAAAUCGUAAUGCCAAAAAUCGUGACAUUGUGAAAAUUCCCUCUAAUUUUACUAAUAUUUAGCAAAAUUGCACGUAUAAUAGCAUUUUUUAUGUAAAAUUUUGAGAGCUAUAAUUUUUAUCCGAAAUUCUGACUUGUUUUUAAGGUAACUGCGAAAAAUUUUAGUUUUUCGUAAUUUUCACCUAUUUUCCAGGAAACUAGCAUUUGGCCAAUUUAAAAAUUGUGUUCCCGAGGUCAAAAUACACUUAAAAGUGUCUUUGGUAGUCCACAGAAUCCACAGACCUUUUUGAGGUUACAAUACACAGUUUGAUUGUUUGACGCAUGCUGCACACCACGUGCUGCUAUUUACAAUUUCACGAUAGCAUAGGAGUUCCAAGAUAAAAAUAUUUAAUCUAUAAAACUAAGAUGGGAAAAUUAGGUCCUCGUCUCAGUAGCAGAAAAAAGGCGAAAAGAUGGGCUAAAGGACAAAGUUCCAGUUCAAAUCCCGAAACGAAAACAUUUCGGGAUCAAGCUCGAUCACGCUUCUUUCAACUCAAUCCUGAUACAAACUCCAAAGGACUCACAAUUGACAUUUUGAAAAAACAUGAUGCUAUGCAAGGAAUUGAAUCUCAUGAUGAUAGAAUUGACAUUGAUGAAUCAAGUUUAGAUGGUGGAGACACUUUUAAAACUUUUGGUACAUUUGCUAGUGAUUAUAGCAAUUGCUCCAAUAUCUCUUUUAAUCGUUUUUUGAAUCACUUCCAAUCUAAUUCAGCAAUGCAUAAAGAAAUGCUUGCUGUGUUAGCUGCUGUAACUGAUGUAAUUAAACAGAAUGGUGGUACGGAAUCAUCAACUGAAUAUUAUGCAGCUCUAAUGACUACUUUGGAAGCUGCUGAAACAGUAGAGUCUAUUUCUGCAAUCUUAUCUUUAUUAGGAAUGGGAAUGAAGACAGUACCGAAAAAUGUACUUAAAUUACAGUUUGGGCAAGCCAGUCAAAUAUUUCUAAAAAUAUUGACAAAAUUUUCAUCUGAAGAUAAUUUUCUAAUUAUUCGACAUUGUAUUGGUUGUCUCUCAAUUUUAUUAAGGAACCAAGAAAGAGCUAUAUGGAAAAAUUCUUCCACAGAACAUAUUUUGAAUUCAUUAUUAGCUUUUACUGUUCAUUCUAAACCCAAAGUAAGGAAAGCUGCUCAACAUGCUAUUUGCUCUCUUCUAAAAGGCAGUGAUAUCAUGAGAACUGAUAAUCCUCCAACGAAUCAUCCAGCAGCUUCACUAAUUGCUAAACAUUGUAUACAACAACUCCAAGCAGCUGGUCAACCUGGUCACAUGACCACUACACUUCACCUUCUAACAUUACUUAAAGAUAUUGUUCAUCAACUUCCAAAAUGUGAUGUUAAGUCGUUAUGUGAAGUACUUCUUAGUAUCAUGCUUAUGAAAGAUAUUUUGGUUACUUCAUGCUGUCUUCAAACAAUGCAUAGUUUAUUUAUAUCAAAACCAAGUGAAGCCAUAUUGCCAUCUCAAUUGAAUGCUCAAAUUAUUAAUGCACUUUAUGAACAUCAGCCAGCUCGUGGAGAUACUCAACCAACAUUAGCUUGGUUGGCAGUUAUGCAGGAAGCACAUUGUAAUUUAGCUGUGCAUAACAUUGAGUUGUGUGCAGCCAAUCUUUCAAGAAUAGUUGAAAAAUGUACAGAAUUAUGGCUUUCAGACAAACAAGAUGUCCGAACAAAUGCAUCACACACAUUGACAGCUCUUCUCGAAACAUGCGUUGCACCCUUGUGUAAGAAAAAAGAGCUUUCAGACAAGUACAGACCCACUCUUGCUAAAAUCAUAAGUCUCAUUCAACAAGGAAUGAAAUAUCCAUAUCAUGAUGCAUGGCAUCAAGUUCUUCAUAUUUCAGCUUCAAUAUUUACAGUUAUUGGACCAAUUUGUCAAACAGAGUUAACUUACCUUCUAAAAGCUUUAGCAGAGCUUCGUGAUUUUUUCCAAUUCAGUUACAAUGCCGAUAUUGAAUUCGCAGUAGGUGCUGCAGUCAAAUCUUUGGGCCCACAAGUAGUUUUAUCUGCUAUUCCAUUGCAGGUAUCAAACGGCAUCGUAGAUUUAAAACGAAGUUGGUUACUACCGAUACUAAAAGAUUGUAUCACUAAUUCCCCUCUUGCGUACUUCAUAGAUAAUUUACUUCCAUUGGCAGAGUCUUGCGAUGCACAAUCCAACGAUUUCAAAGGAAAAUACGAUGCCAUUGGAUCUCACAGUUAUGAUUUAUUAAGCUCGCAAAUCUGGGCUCUUUUACCAUGUUUCUGCAAUAAUCCACCCGAUAUAAAAGAAAAUUUCAUGAAAAUAGCAAAAACUCUAGGUAUGGCCAUUAGUCAGAGAAAAAAUUUACGUCUAUCUGUUAUGACUUCAUUGCGAAAAUUAAUUCAAAAAUCCAUGGAGAAUGACAAUCAGGAUGGCGUUGAAGAACUGGCACGAUUUGCUAAAAAUUAUUUACCAGUUUUAUUCAACUUGUACACGCUCAAGCCUCGAGGUUCUGAUGAGGAAGGACAAAGACUUGCUUGCUAUGAAACUAUUAAGAUAUACAUGAAAAUAACUAGUAAAGAUCUAGUGGGAGAACUGUUUGACAAAGCUUUAGAAAAUUUAACGAAAACAAAUGAAACUGAUUUCUUCAAAGAAAGUAUUUUUGACUUAGUCAGAGUUUUGUGCCAACAUACAGAUAUUGAUAGAAUAAAAUUGUUAUAUGAGAAAUGUACAGCUCUUUUCGAAGAUACAAAACAUCAAAAAGAACAGAAAAAAGCUUACAGAUUUCUUGAGGAAAUAACUGGAAGUGAAACUGUAGUAUGUCAAGAAUUUGUAAAAGAAAACCGUAAAGCUAUUCAAAAAGUAAUUGUAAAGUCUUUGACAACUGUACAAAAAUCUAGCAAAGGUGCGCGUAUACGGUGCAUAAACCAUCUUGUAAAUAAACAUCCUCAACUAGAAAAAACCAAAUUUCUACAAGCUAUUGUGCCAGAGGCGGUUAUGUGUUUGAAGGAAGUUAAUGAGAGAUGUCGAACGUCUUCUUACAAUUUAUUGAACUCUAUAGCUAACAAAUUUCUAGAAAACGAAGAACACUUAAAAGAAUAUAUCGAUAUUUUGAUAGCUGGUCUUGGCGGAGCACCGAUAUAUUGCAGUGCUUCGCUUUUAGCUCUUUCCUCCAUCACUUAUCAUUAUAACGGAUCAUUGGGUAUUCAAACAGUGCAAAAAAUAUUGGAAUUCACUUGCAAUCUCGUUAUUGGACCUACACGUGAAAUAGCACUAUCUGCACUGUCCUUUAUAAAAGUAUAUCUGUCAGUUAUUCCAACGCCUACAAUAGCUCCCAUGUUAAAUAAAAUAGUCGACGCAUUAACUAACAUGACAGAUGAUUGUAAGCGGCAUUUCCGGCAAAAAGUUCGUGAUAUAUUGAUAAAAUUAAUGCGAAAAUUUGGAGCUGAUAUAAUUACAAAUAUAGUACCAACUUCAGAUCACAUCAUGCAUAAAAGAUUAAAAAAUAUUCGUAAAGUUGAACUUAGAAAACAAAAGCUUAAAGAAACAAGAAAGGCAAAUAAAGACGACGAGAGUGAUGAAGAAUUUAACGUUAAAAGAAAACCAAAAAGUCUGGAAGAAAUAUUGGCGGAUAGUGAUCAAGAAUUCAGUGAUUCUGAUGAAUGCAAAAAAAUCCAAAAGCGCAAGUCCACAAAGAAAACGUGGAUUCAAGAAGGCGAAGAUAACAUUGUUGACUUCAUUGACCCUACUGCAAUUAAAAAUAUCUCAGCUACUAAACCAAGUAAAACUAAAAAUAUUAAUCUUAAAAACGCAAGUAAUAAUCGUGGAUUCAAAACUGCUUCGGAUGGACGUUUAAUUAUUGCUGAUAGCGAUAACGAUAGUGCUGAUGAAAUGAGUAAAAAAAAGAAAAAGAAAUUACCGUUUUUGGAUGGCGACUCAGAUGAAGAUCUUGGCGAUGACGAUAUGAAAUCAGCGAAAUCGACUAAAACAGCUAAAUCAACGAAAUCAAAUAAAACAACUGAAUUUAUGAAUAGAAAACGAAAACUCAGUACUACAGAAAUCGACAGUGUGCAUUCUGAGUCUAAAUCUCUGUCUUCCAAAUAUCAAGCUGGAGGAUCUGGAAUUCAUCGUCCCUUAAAAUCACGCAAAAAAGAAAACAAUUUUGGCGAAGAAUACCGUGCUCAAAAAGCUUUUGGAGACGUAAAAAGAAAGGGUAAACCGGAUCCUUAUGCAUAUAUUCCUCUGAAAAGAUCAAUGUUAAAUAGAAGAAAUAAAGUCAAAAAUGAUGCAUUUAAGAAUAUUCUUUCUCGAAGCAAGAAAGACAAACACUUACGAAAAAAUUCGAGAAAUAAAAAAAAAUAAAUAAUAUAUGAAUAUUUUGAAGUUUAAUAAUACUGUUAGUAAU